AGAAGAAGAAGAUCGUGACGUAGGGUGUACUGAGUGCGCAUGCGUGACUCCACUCCACACGUGAAGGAGGCAGCAUGGCUGAAGGAGCAGAAGUUGUGUUAGACCGCUCACAGGCGAAGAAGGCCGUCCAGGCUCUGCAGGCUUUCCUCAAAACCAAGUCGACCAGUGACUCCCUGUUCCUGGACGAGACUCAACAGAUCAGCCUGCUCUUCACCCUGUGGAAGGUCCCCAAGAAGGCUCAGUCCAUCCGCAUUCCCCUGCCCCAUGGCCAGAGACUGGACACAGACGACAUCUGUCUCUUCACCAGAGAUGAGCCCAAGAUGACGUCAGAGCAGACCCAGAGGUUUUAUAAGAAGAUGCUCGAGGAGAAGGGAGUGAAAAACAUCACAGAGAUCAUCCCGUACAAGGUCCUGAGGACGGAGUACAAACCGUUUGAAGCAAAGCGACGUCUGCUGGGAAACUUCGACCUCUUCCUGUCUGACGACCGCGUCCGCCGCCUGCUGCCUUCCCACAUUGGAAAACAUUUCUACCAGAGGAAAAAAGAGCCUCUGUCUGUGAACCUGCAGAGCAAAAAUCUGGCCAGAGACAUCCAGAGAGUGAUCCAGGGCACCAGCCUGAAGGUGACCAACAGAGGCUGCUGCUGCAUGGCACGUGUUGCCAACGCCAGCAUGUCUGCAGACGAGGUGACUGAUAACAUCGAGGCCACCGUCCAGACGGUGGUGGCCAAACUCCGCACGAAAGAACCUCUGAUAAAACUCAUCCACUUGAAGAGUGAAACAUCAGUGGCCCUGCCCAUCUACACCUCAGACCUGAAGCACAUCAGUCUGGUGGAGGGGGGGCAGGAACAGACCAAGACCCCCAAGAAACAGCAAGCUGCUGGCAAAAAGAAGGCAAAGCAGCUGAAGGCAGAGGCCACCGAGAAAACAGAAACCACCGGAGAGGAAGAGGAAGAAAUCCCACAGCUGGUUCCCAUAGCAACACCUAGCAAAAAGCCUAAGCUGGCGAAACCAGCGAAGAAGAAGAAGAAGCAGCAGCUGGAGAAGGCUCCUAAACCUGCUGCAGCGAAAAAAGGAAAAAAAUCACCAAACAAACUGACCAAGAAGGCAACCAAGACCGACUCCAAAGUAAAAAGGAAGAUGCCGAAAGUGAAAUGAUUUAGACUCAUUACACAUCUCAACAUGGACAUUUUACACAGCACACACAAAAUUAAUAUUUUCACUCUGUUUGUAUUUUUUUGCUUGGAUGAAGCAGAUUAUAAACGUAUCUCAAAUUC